UUAUAUGAGAGUAUAGACCCCUCUUCAUGCCUCUGAUCUCGUCUUAAUCCGAAAUCCUUCUCAUUAUAUUCAAAAGACAUUGCUGUUUACAACCAAGAUCCAACAUGAGCUUGAAUAUCAUCUGGUUACUUCUCAGCUUAUAUUUUUCGCCAUCUGUGCGCAGCUCAGACAACUAUAAUACCGAUACUCUUGAUGCAUUUCUUCAGGAUUCUGCUUUUAAGUCCUUGCUUCGACACCGGCCUCACACUGGUGCUUUAUACAAGGCUUUGCUUCCUGCCAAUCUAUCAGGUGUGCAGGUCUCUAUAGUAAGAAUCAGAAGCCGGACAUUGUGGAACAUUGGUGCUAAUUUCAGCAACUUUCAGAUUCCAUCAAGAACCAUGACAUUGCCACAUGUGAGGAGGCUGGCUAUAGUUUAUCAAGACCUAGGCAACUGGUCUUCUUACUACUACAGUGUUCCAGGUUACUCAAUGAUCACUCCUGUUGUUGGUUUUAUGGUUUUCAACGCAUCAAAUGCAAGAGCCAAACGUAUCGGGAAGGUUAGCCUGGAUACAAGUGGAAAGGCAAUAGUGAUUCGUUUCGCCAAUUCAACUAUUACUGAGAGUAUGAUAUCCUCAGGAGCAAAAUGUGUAACAUUUAGUGCUAGCGGGGCAUUUCACCUUGGUGAAAUCAACCUGCUUAAUGAAUGUCAUUCUCAAGAUCAUGGCCACUUCUCCAUUGUGGUUCCGCAAGAAGAGAGGAGUGGAAGAGAUAGAAGGAAGCAGAGUCUCUGGUAUUUGUGGGUUAUAGGUUUCGCCCUUGGAUUCAGUGUAGUUGCUUUUUUAGGAUACUUUGGGAUGGUGUCUCUGAAAAUCUUGAAAACAAAGAAGAUUCAAGUAAUGGAAAGACAAGCUGAUGAAGAUUUGGUUCUUGAGACUAUUUGGGUUGGCAGUAGUAAAAUGCCUUCUGCAACAGUAACAAGAACUCAACCAAACCUUGAGAAUGGAGGUUUCUAAUAUAUCUACAUACCCUGUCCUCCGAUCCUUGCUUAUAUCUGGUCACCUCAGAUUUCAGUAGUUUUAUUUCUCUCUAAGAUCUCAAAUCUGUUUUUUGGCUUACAAAAAUGGACAUUGUUUGGAAUAUGUGAAUUAUAAGGGUACUAUAUUCAUGAACAA